AGUUCUAGUUGUUAUUUAAAAGUUCUAGCUAGCCUAGACUCUAGUGCGCGUUUUACGCAAGGGUGGGACUCAUUUUUAGCAAGCAGUCUUUUUACCUUUUUCUUCUUGAUGGCCUCGAACACAGCUACCAGCGACCUUGAUAUCGCACAUCUUCGUUUAGUUUUGUCAAAGUUGCAGUGUUUUUCCAAAGCAAGAUGGAAAGACUUUGGUCUUAAGUGUGGCCUUUACUACAACACUGUGACAGCAAUAGCCGCUAACAAUGCUGGUAAACCUGAGUUUGUUGAUGAAUGCUUCAGAGAGUGUAUUGCUCGCUGGUUAAAGAGAGAGGAUGAUGUUGAUGAAGUAGGAGAACCAACUUUAGAGACAUUGGCUGCCAUAGUGGAAGAGACUGGAGACAAAGCUACAGCAAAGAAAAUCAGAAAUCAAUUCAAGGAAAACAAUUGCAAAGAUCCAGCUACAAAGCCUGCACACUGUUCAUUAUUGUGGAUUGUAAUGCUGGUAAUAAUAGUAUUAGUAAUAAUAGUAUUAGCAAUACUAGUAUUGACAAUAAUAAUGCACAUGCCAUCAAUGUUUGAUAUUCACGAUGAAUAUGCUUCAAAAUUACGUGACAAGUAUAAUGAAGCUCUGACAAGGUACAAAGAUCCAGCUGUUAAUAAAUUUCCAGCUGCUGGUCCAUCAGUUCAGGGUUAUGUUCCUUUUAUACCUCUGAUACAAAUCAUAGUAAAAGAAUAUAGGAAAGAAGAUGCAGAUUUUUUACAUACCAGUAGUACUAAUGAA